CUAAUCCAAAGUUGCUAUUCAUCACACUGAGCUUCUUUCUCUCUCUUUCUAAUGGAAGCAAAUCUUGUUCAACCCUACCAUAGCUUUUCAACAGUAUCCAUGAGAAACAGAAAUAAGAUCAAUACUUAUAAAUACAAAAAUAUACCAUAUCCACUAUGCUCCAUAUUAACGAAGCCACCUGCAAAUAAUCAAAAUCAUAAUGCAGAAACAACCACAGGCAGUUCUUCCAAUAAUGUUUACAAAGAUAAUUGGUUCGAUCGUCUCGCCAUUAAUCAUCUCUCUCAAAGUAUACAAGCUACCACAGGAUUAAGAAACAAUAAGAGUGGAUAUGAAGGCUUGGCGGAGGCUGCAAAGAUGGUAUAUACCAACUUUAACUCAACGCGUCAAGUAAAUCUUGUUGUUGAAGCUCUUCAAAAGGCAUUCCCUAAGCCUAUUCUUUCCCUGAUGAAGAUGGUACUACCACAAUCUAAGUGGGCAAGAGAGUAUUGCGCUGCUUUCACCAGAGUCUUCUUCUCUUGGCUAGUGGGACCCUGUGAGGUGAAAGAGUCAGAAUUUAACGGGAGAAAGGAAAACAAUGUGGUCCACAUCAAAAAAUGCAGGUUUCUGGAGGAAACCAAUUGCGUGGGAAUGUGCACUAACCUCUGCAAGAUGCCUUCUCAAUUGUUCAUCAAGGAUACAUUAGGAAUGCCAGUGAACAUGGUACCAAACUUUGAUGAUAUGAGCUGUGAGAUGAUAUUUGGACAGGAUGCUCCCCCACCAGAUACAGAUCCAGCAUUUGUGCAGCCAUGCUACAAAUUAUGCAAACUUGGCAAUAAACACCAACAGGAUUGCAACAGUCAAAUGAAGAAGAAAGAUGUGGAGAUUUCAUAACGCCGUUCAUAUAUCCUUUCAAUUUAUUUUCAUAUCAAAACAUCGGUAACUGGAGAGGUGUCACAGGAACCAAUUAGAAUACACAUACGGGUAUUACCAGAUAAAUUUCUGAAUAUUGUUUGAAAUUAUUCGAUUGCAGGUAUAAAACAUGGUAUGAAUUUAUCUUCAGAAAGUACACCAAAAUUUAAAGAAAUAUGAAAACUGCAGCUAUAUCUCCUAAGAUGUUUUAACUUCUGGUCAAGUGAAAACAGACUACUUCCCGAGCCACAUGAUACAAACCAUAAGAUAUAAGCUCAGAAUAUUAGAUAUCCAGCAAACCGUGCUGAUUACUGGUCCACAAAAACUAGAAACAAACGUCAUAAGGGGUAACUCCAUUGUCAGAAAAUUAUUUCGAGCUAAUUAUUUCUUAGUAUGAGUAUGACAAUCAGAAAUGAACAGAUAUAGUAAUGAAGAACCAAAAGAAUGCUUCAACAUAUUGAAGUAGUACAAGUGUGAUUGCAGCAAUUCCUCUAACAGUUAGAUGUGGUUAGUCCAACAAGUAAUUUUUCUCAAAGACUUUGUGUCACAUCUUAUCCAGCUUGAACUGUAACCUCACAAUUUUGGAUGAUCACCAAUAAACAUAUUAUAAAGCAGACGCUAUGAAUUGUAUAAUCUGGCAACAGAAGCCAAUUAGUGAAUGAAAAUGCAAUAGAAUAGAAGCAGAGGUAGAGCUAAGAU